AUGUUUAAACCAUAAAUGAUAGAAAAUGAAAAAGAUUUUUAUUGUUAUAAUAAUCAUGAAUAAGCAGCUCAUAUGGUUGUGCUUGAUCCAAAGCUAGAUAAGAAAAAAAGACUUUUAUGCACUCAAUGCAUCGAACACUUCAAAUCAGAUGGAAAGACUAUAGGUCUUAAAGAAAUAAUCUAGAUUAUUGAAAACAUUAUAGAGAAAAGGUUGAGCAAUUAAGAAAAGAUUACUUAGUCAACAGUUUAAUAACUAAAAAUUUGUACAAGAAGUAUAUAAGAAUUAAAGGCAUAAUUUAUGAAAUUAUUUGACUUUCUAAUUAAUAUAGCAGAAGAUUGGACCCAAAAUUUAUUGGCCUAAAUAUAAUAAUCAAAAUUAUACAGUUUUUAUGAUGAAUUAGAUAGCUUUAUAAAAAGCUAGAAUGAUAUUAAUAAUUCUAAUAUAACAUUCAUUAAUAAUAUUAAUAAAUAUUGGAUGACUAAACUUUAUGAGAACUUAGAUUAAUAUAUUAAAAAUAAAGAUAAAGUUAACUUUAAAGAAAUAAAAUAAUAAUUUAAUAAAAUCAUUUGUUCAAAUUAGUCACAAAAAAGUGAAAUACAAUUAUAGUUAAUCGAUUAAUCUGUUAAAUAAAGAUAGAGAUGUUAAGCAAUUGUUUUUGAUCCUUCUGGGUCUAUUAUGGUCUCAACUUAAUAGAGUGAUAUUAUAGUAUGGAGCUUUCUAAAUGGAACAAUUACAUCAAUACAAACAUUGUAAGGACAUACUGAUUGGAUUUAAUGUUUAGUUUAAAGCAGGAAAUAGAACUCCUUUGUUUCAGGUGCAAUGGACUCUAAAAUAAGAUGCUGGAAGUAAUAUGACUCUACUAAUUGGAUUAGUUCAUAGCCUUAUUAAUAACAUAAAGAUUGUGUAAGAUGUAUUAUAUUGAAUUCAAAUGAGGAUUUACUAUUUUCUGGAAGUAAUGAUAAAUCAAUUAAAUUAUGGAAGGUUGAUUUUAAUCAAAACAUAUUGACAUACAUGUAUUCAUUAGAUAAACAUGAUAAUUCUGUUAUUGCAUUAAGUUUAAAUUAAUCAGAAACAUAAUUAGUAUCAUGUGCAAAAGAUAAGAAUUAAAUUAUUAUUUGGGAAAGAAGAGAAUAAAAUAAGUAUAAAUUCAAAUAUUUUGUUAAAUAAUCAAUUUAAGACUAAGGGAAAAAGGUUCUGUUCAUUAAAGAUUAUUAAUUUAUUUGGAUAACUGGUGGUGAAUAAAUAGAUAAAUUUUAUGUAUUUGAAUUGAAACAAGGAAUCUUUCAAGAAAAUUAGGAAAAGACUAUUCAAUUUAUUACAAAUAAUUAGAUUGUUGAUGAAUAUCAUUUUCCAAUGAUCUAUAAUAAAGAGAGGAAUUUCAUAAUAGUAAGACAUAAAACAUAUAUUUAUAUCAUUAGAGAAAUGAAGGAUGGGAAGUUCAAAAUAGUUGAUUAAUUAAAUUGUGAGACAUAUGAUAUUUAUGGGACGAUUACAAAUAAUGGAUAAUAUUUGGUAUUUUGGGAUGGAAAAAAUGAAGGAUAUUCAACAUAUGAAUUAUGA